CUGAUGUGAUAGAAUGAAGAGCGUUUGCGCACGAUUACCUUCACAGUGAUGCAUGUAGACUCCAAGGCUUCUUAAGGAAGUUUCCAACAAGUCACAAGUGCUCAGACAAGCAUAAGAGAGCUCUCCGCGAAACCAAAUUUAAUGUUACCUGAUUACCUCCGGCGCGUCGCGCCUCGCUUCCUCCCCUACCAAUCUGGCGACCAAUCAUCCGCUUGCUAUCAGGGAUUUUGAGACGAGGUUGGACAUACCGUUCAUGAGAUUGCUGCUGGAGGGCUGGAAGGUUGGGUUGUUAGAACGACGGUGCUAUGGAAGAUUGUUUACUUGCAGAUGUUGGAGUUUGCUGCGUUGCAUGGGGCGAAGCGGUCAUUGAUCCGUUUCCGUUGUCGAAACCGGGGGUGAGGGAUAGUUUGAGGAAGUUGGAUGAAGGGAAGACGAGGUAUAGUUGGAUCCUUUACGCUGGUCAGGCGUAGCAUGCGGCCCUGCUUCUGGGGGCCACGGGUAGACGAGAAGGUGUGGGUGAAGGGUUCUGCGUCGUGAGGCGGCGCGGCAAUGCAGCUCGAUUUAUAUCUGUAAAUUUAGUGUACUGCCCUGAAGGGAAAACGUUGGGGCUGGGACUGCCGAACGGAGUGUGUUCAUAAAUAUUCUAGCAGGGUGAUGUGUG